CUAUCCCAUCUGAAACCCAGCACCCUCCAAAUGCAAGCAUUAUCCUAGGGAGUACACGGACAGCGCGGGGCUCUGCCGGGCUGGGACGAUUUAAUCGAGGGCACACGCCCAAAGCUCCGUGCCCGCCCAAGAGUGACCCGCGGCCUCCUCCUUCUCCCGGCCCCGUUCGCCCGCCCAGUCCCGGGCCGUGUGGGCCGCGCCAGAGAGGAGGCGGGCCCACCCCUCCACGCCAGGUUGAUCAGCCCCGGCCCGCCGCCCGCCGCCCUGCCGCUCGCAGUGCCUCCGCCCGCCGCAUCUGCCGCCACACCGGCCGCGGCCGGGACAUGGUGCCGGCGCCCGGGGGCGCCCUGCUCGCCGCCCUCCUCGCCGCCGUGCUGGCCGCCGCGGGCAGCUCCAGAGCUCGUGGGCAGCUGGUGACUGUGAGCCAGCCGGGGGUGUGUCGCUACGGUUCUAGGCUGGAUUGCUGUUAUGGCUGGAAAAAGAACAACAAAGGCCACUGUGAAGCUAUCUGUGGACAUGGCUGCAAGUAUGGCGAGUGCGUGGGACCAAACAAAUGCAAAUGUUUCCCUGGAUUUAUAGGGAAAACCUGUAAUCAAGAUCUGAAUGAAUGUGGACUGAAACCACGUCCCUGUGAACACAGAUGCAUGAAUACACAUGGCAGCUACAAGUGCUAUUGUCUCAACGGGUACAUGCUCAUGCCAGAUGGCACAUGUGCAAGCUCUAGGACAUGUGCCAUUGCAAAUUGCCAGUAUGGAUGUGAGGAAGUCAAAGAGGAGGUACAAUGUCUUUGUCCAUCAGCUGGCCUUCAUUUGGGACCGAAUGGAAGGACAUGCAUUGAUAUUGAUGAAUGCUCCACUGGCAGAGCUGUCUGCUCUUUCAAUCGCAGAUGCGUCAACACAUUUGGAAGCUACUACUGCAAGUGCCAACUUGGUUAUGAACUGAAAUACAUCAGCGGCCAUUAUGACUGUGUAGAUGUAAAUGAAUGUGUGACAACCGCACACAGGUGUAACCUCCACGCAGAGUGCCUCAACACAGAGGGAUCCUUCAAAUGCAAAUGUAAACAGGGCUACCGAGGAAAUGGAUUUGAUUGUGCUGCUAUCCCUGAAAAAUCAGUGAAGGAAAUUCCAAGAAUUCCUGGAACAGCUAAGGACACUAUUAAGAAACUUCCUGCACAUAAAAACAGUGUGACAAAGCAUAAAGCAGUCAAGAAUGCGAUCCCAGAAGCAGUCAUGACACCAGCUUCUAAGACCCAUCUGCAAUCGCUGGACUAUGAAGGCGGAUUUGAUCUUGGUGGGAGCUACACUGCGGGAGAGAAAGAAACUGAAGUUACUAUAGAAGAGAGAGUCGAUGAGACAGAUGGGGAAGAGAAGGAAGAUUAUGAGAAUCAGAUUGACCAUGAGCAAAGCCUUAGAGGAGAUGUCUUCUGUGGACCUGUGCUCACUCCAAGCAAUCCGAGUGCAAGCCAGCUCCAAACAAGAAGCCGUGUAGUCCAAGUUGGUGAACUGUUGUUUUCACCAGUUCCCCAGAGUAAAGAAGCAGCUGCCUUUGGCCCUCUCCUGGCACAAAGAAAAGUUUCGAUGACAAGACAAGAGCACAAAGUUGAUUGCAGUUUCAGUCGAGGAGUCUGCGACUGGAAACAAGAUACUAAUGAUGACUUUGACUGGAAUCCUGCUGAUAGAGACAGAGGUGAUGGGUACUACAUGGCUGUUCCAGCCUUUGUGGGUCACAAGAAGGAUAUGGGCCGCCUAAAACUUCUCCUGACUGACCUCAACCCAAAGAGCAGCUACUGCUUGGUUUUCAGUUAUCGGCUCGCUGGCGAAAGAGUGGGAAAACUUCGAGUGUUCCUGGCCAACAAAAAAUCUGCUCCUGUGUGGGAGCAGGACAAAGGAAAAGAUGAAAGGUGGAGAACUGGAAAAGUAGAAAUAUUGCAGGGGACUGAAACAACUAACAGUAUCACCUUUGAAUCAGAACGUGGGAAGGGCAAAACUGGAGAAAUUGGAGUGGACAAUGUUAUACUAGUUCCUGGUCUGUGCCCAGAAGAGACCUGAGAAUCAAUAUUUGAGUAUGCUGGAUUUAACCCUAUUUUUAAUAUUUGCCUUACUAGCAGUGUUUUUUUAUUCAUUUUCAUUAUAAAAAAAUGAAAGCAUAAAUUUAAAAACUGCCUUGAACUUAAUGCAGCAUUGCAAACAAAAACUGACAAAUGCAAGAUGCAGAGCACACUUUUUUAUGAGUUAGAUCUAAUACAUGCUUUGAAUGUAGCACUACUGUAUUUUAUCAUUCAAGGUCAGGGUUUCCUAGGCAUUAAAAUAUUUAUCUAGCUUUUUUUACGAAUUCUGUAUGCUUUCAUUCCUUAAAGCUCUUUUCAAGGCUAUUCUUAAGUCUUCUACUGCAUUUUUUCUGCUUCACAAGAACAUAAAGCAGUAUUUAAGAGGAUGUUGCUACUUCUGGUAAUGUAAUUUUAACUUCCUACUUAGUAUGUAGAUAUUAAGUUUAUUAAAAAAAAAAGAAGAAGAAGGAGGAGGAGUUUUUUUCCAGUCUUCACAGAGCUAAAUUUUAAGUGGAGUCAUGUCUUUGAGGAAUAUUUUAAUUGCUAAUAAAAUAUGCAGAAUAUCUUAUUUGUCAUCAGUGUCUUUGAGUCACACAAAUCACUGUUUAGAAAGGAUCCACUUUUUUUUCAUAAGCAUUUAAUGUGCAUCACAUAGAGAUGAUGUUACCAACCGGUGUUGAAAAAUAAAAGAAACCUCACACUGUGAACUGGCCUUCAGGAGCAAACUGGUUCCUGCUUGGUUACAGACCUUAUUGACCCCACAGAAGCAUGAAACAACCAUUUUCAUUUUCCAGUAGACAGGAUGGCUUAGUGACCACACAAUAAGGCUCAUUCUUAACACAGUCAAAAAGAUACAUCUUUUUUGCAAGACCCUUCAUGUUCUUCAGACUCCAGCGAAAUGGAUAGAGACUACACGCCGUCCCCAGGAACGGAGAGGGAAGCAGAAUCUUCUCCCACAAAGUAGGAGCUGACAUCCUGCCACCCCCUGUCACGUAUGCCUACGCACACACAUGUAUGUACAUACAUGUGUAAGGAGGGUCUGGAAUCCAGGUUCCACUUUUUCUGAAAAGAAGCUGAAUGACUAAAGUGUGGGCAAAAGACCGUCUUCUCCCUCGUGAUCUCUUCUGAAAAUGGCUAACAUCUGCAUCUCAAGCAGACAGAGAUGCCUGAAACGGGGAAGAUUAAAGGUCUGUUUUAUUAAAAUCAAAUUCUGUGUCUAGCUUCAAACAGCAAUAGUUCACACGUACGCAGUGCCCCUAAAGCCAAAGAAUUCUACACUUCUAUGCAAACUUGAGAACCAGUGCACAAACAAUACACUUGAAAUAUGUAUUUAAAGCAAACAAAAUGUAACUUAAAAAUAACAGUGUAGCUAGGUAUUUCUUAUGUGUGCAGUUAUUUGGCAUGGAAAAAUGAUUUCAUCCUCUAUACUUGCUUUGGGAUAGAUUCUGCCUGUGUAAGCAUAACAUCUAGAGACUAUUUGCUCAAUACGCAAAGAAUAGAGAGCAAACAAUGAAUGUGGUGUGAUAUGGAGCCAGAUGAGCCAACGUUUAUUUGCUGUUGGUUAACUCAUAGCCUCCUAUGAAUUAUGACUGUCACAAUUGCAUUCCACCCAAAAGACAAGAUAUAAAAAGAAUUUGCAUUUCAUGGAACAAGUUAGAAAAUGAUUUUGCAUGAAUGAGUAAAGUCUGCAAUAACUGCUGUCAAGCUUUCUGUAGAAGAGCUGUUUCUUAUUUCUUUGCAAUGGUUUGUCAGACACAAGCUAGCUUGCAUUGCAGCAGAUCAUAAUUCUAAUACAAAAUGUGAAGAGCAAAACUGAAACCUUUUUUG